CUCCCAUCUCCCAACUCUCGCUGAUUCAGUGUUUCGUGUUUCGUGUAUUAGCUCGAAUGAACUAAUGGAGGACGAGAAGAUGUUUCGAUAGAAUAUAAAAUAUGCGAUCGGAGAUACAUUUAUUGUAUAUGUGAAGUGAAGCGCAAUUUUUUUUCCCAUGUCCGUCGUUCCAAUACAAUAGAUAACUCUCGCAGAAUUUGCAAGGACUAUCUUUCCUAAAUGGGGAAGGUUAAGAAGAGGCCGGAAUUGCUCCAUUGUGGCAAAUCGCGCAAUAUAUUGCGUAAUUUAAUGCUGAGAGAUUUCGGAUUACACACAACUCAUAAAACUAGUACACAUGGAUUAGAGCCAAUAGCUGAAGCAAACUUAGUUUUAAAAGAUCAUAAAGAAUUGAAAUGUAGUUUACCUGGUGUUCCUAGAGCCACAUUUUUGAUGGUUUUCAGUCCUGACGGAUCUAUGGUGGCAUCUACACAUGGGAAUCACAAUGUUUAUAUUACGGAAAUUUCAACGGGAAGAAAUAUUAGAAUUUUGUCUGGACAUCCACGUACUCCAUGGUGCAUAGCUUUCCAUCCAUCCUCUAAUCAAAUCUUAGCAUCUGGCUGCUUGGGAGGUCAAGUUCGUGUUUGGGAUUUAAGUGGUGGUAGUGAAAUUUGGAAUGCCGAUAGUCAUACUGUUAUUGCUUCGCUUGCAUUCCAUCCAUUUGAAAGAUUAUUAGUUAUAGCGACAUACAAUGAAAUUCAUUUCUGGGACUGGAGUAAGUCUCAACCUUUUGCUGUAGCUGCUACAAAGACUGACAAGGAAAAAGUGAGAUAUGUAGCUUUCGACAAUUUAGGAAGAAAACUAAUCACAGGAAUUGCAAAUACCCCACAAGUUCAACCACAAUGGGAUCGGGCUCCCGUGGGACAAUUACUUAGAACUAGUUUGGUGAAUUUUAGGUACCAGCCGCGAGAAGGCUUUCCGGAUGUUGAGCUUUCACCUUGGCACUUGUGGAAUCAUAGCUCUAUAUAUGGAAGAGGGUCGACGGAUAAUCAUACUCCAGAUAGAACUUCCCGUGCGUAUCUGUUUAUGCGCAGAGGUCACGAAAUGUCCAGCUUGUCACGAUUUGCCAGUCAUCAACAGUUCAGGAAUAGUGCACGGCAGGAAGAGGCGCGGUUUCAACGGCGACGUAAUCUAUCUGAAGGUACAAUGUCUAUGUUACGAUGGCCCUCGUGCCAUCGUAGAUGCAAUGAUAGACAUCAUGAGCUAGUACGACAACUUAGAACCGCUAUAUCAUUUCGUAACAAUGCUCAAUCUGCAAGUACUUCAUCUGGUACUGUAACAAUUGAGAUUCGUCGUAAUAGUUUUCUGCCUUACGAUGUAGAACUGAAUCAAACUAAUGAAGCUACAUCUUCACCGAAUAUCACGAGAAAUCUUCCUCGCCCGACCGGGAAUCCAACGAAUGCGGACAAUGUCGAAAACAGAUCGGCGGACGACAGUAACGACGAUGAUUUUCCGUAUACUUCAGUGAGGAAUCGCGAUCGAGAACCUAACACGACAAAUACUUCUCAUCUCAGGGAUACAUUAUACGAGCGAUUGAACAACGUAUGGGACGAAAGAAUGCGCGGAAGGAGUGUUCAAGAUCCGGAAAGGAGGAUCAAUUUAUGCUACAGAAACCUUGUCGAUCAAUAUGUGACGCUCGUAAGACGAUACUUUGACAUUUCCAGAAAUAGAGAUACGAUCGAUCGUGGCACAGACCCUAUGGAUAUGCCAGAAACAUCCGCUAAUUCGGAAGAGUCUAAUAAUAACAGAAGCGAAUCAUCGGCGGCAACUGAAUCAUCUAUACGAAGAUUAAGAAACGAAUUGAAUUCCAGUGCUCAAGCGAAUAAUACGAAUCUGGAGAGACAUUUACAACGAUAUCAGCGAUUAUUGAUGGAACGUUGCGAGCAAGAAGAGAUUGGAACCACUCUUCAUAAUUUGAGGGAGGCUCUGAACGCCGCCGCCGAGAAUAAUAGUUCAUGCUUAGUGCGAUUGCAGAAACUACGAGAGAGAUUGCAACGGCAAACGACAACUUUAUUCGAGUAUUCCAAUAACCGUAAUACUCGUCUUCAGUUACUUCGCAACGCUCUCAACGACGAGAUCGAAGCGCUUAAUAAUAUGGAAGCGCAAUUUACUAACACAAGUUCCAGGAUCGAACGAUUGCGAGAUGAAUUCGCAAUGUACGGUUUUAUUCCACGAAAUCGUCACAUCGCGACUGAUCCUUCGCAGGUGAAUUUAAGCGAUGCUGAAUGGAGAGCGCUUACGCAAAACGAUGGACAAUUACCUAGCACCAGUUCUGCAUCAUCGAGGAUACAUGAAUCUACUGUAUUUCCUAGCACAAGUUAUAACGGAGAGAAUGAAGAAAAUAGCGCAAUAUGGCCUGAAAGUGCGAAUGAUAGAGAGAACACGAAUACUUUGUCAAGAAAUACGGGGAGAGCCAUGAGAAGACGAUUCGAUGCUACAAACAUAGAAGACGAACCGCCGAGGCGACGAAAGCGCAAAUUAGGACCAAUGUUAUCAGCCUAUUUGGAAGAUAGCUCAUCUUCGAGCGACGAAAGCUAUCCGCAAGCAUCGACAUCAUCCCAUAAUGGUGCGUCUAAUUUUACAGUUUCAAGUCAUUCAGCAUUUCAGCCAAAUGUACCUAAAUCCACACAACGAGCGAACUCGCAGACUCGAGAAGCAACAACUAGUUCUCCCAGAUUAAAUGAAAGUGACAGAAACAGAUUCCCUAACAAUUUAAAUAACGAAUCAGAUGGAAAUAAUAUUCAAAAUAGAACAUCAAGAAACACCCAAAAUUUACAAGAAUCGAGAUCUCAAGAAUUCAGUAGUAGAAAUUCACUCAGGAAAAUGCUGGAUACUCUCCAGCGAAAUUUACAUGCAGAUCGGGUAGAAAACAAUAGUGGGCAACAAGUAUCUUUGGAUGAUUCGGAGAAUGGAUAUUGGCUUCUUGAAGAGAACAGUAAUUCGGAUUCAAAUUUGGACGAUACAAAUAAUAGCAACUCAAACUCUCGUCGAUGGACUAGCCGAUGGAUACAGUUGGAUAAUUCGAUCAGAAAUAUGGAAUACACUGACUUAAACGAGCGAACUCAAUUGAGAUCUUCAUCGGAAAAUGAGAAUCAAAGUUUUAAUGAUAGACAUAGAGAUCAAAGAAAUCACUUGUUAUCGCCUAUAUCUGCAAAUCCUACUCGCUACGAACAACCGCCAUUGUUUCCGUUUAGAAGUUUGCGAGAAAACCAAUCACAGAGAAUGGAACAAAAUCAAAUACCCUCAAGCAGUGGUUCUAAUAGUGCUCACUCGCAAAUGUCUAAUUCAGAUGUAGCAGAUACAGUAGAAUUAAUGGGAAGCGUUAAUGAUCCUGUUGCAGUAAGAAUCGCUGACGCAAUUAAUCGCGAGAACAAUCAAUCGACGGAAAUCGACAGGCAACAACAGGAACAAAACCAGGAACGAAAUAUAGAUGACGCAAAUCUUGAUUCUAGCGAUAUAGAUCCAAUAGUACUCGGCAAUAUAGAUCCGAGAGAAAGUUCAUUAGGAGUUCGGCAAGGAAUUCAAUUGCUUAGUCGUCAUAUCGACAAUAUGCAUCGUUUAUGCCGAGCGCGCUUAGAGAUAGUUCAGUUAUGUCAAGUGCGUAAAAUGUGGGAAGAUCUACAACGACAAAUACGAUCAUUACAUGUAACAGUUCGCAUAGAAAGACAGAAUAGUGAUCAAACCGAGACACAAAGAGACAAUCCUGGUCCAUCAACCUCGGCUGCGAGUUCAUCGAACGAAUCUGCAAAGAAUUUUAAGAAAGCUCUUCUGGAGAAUUAUCAGAGAGAGAACAGUGAGAACAUUCGCGACACGAGAUCGUACAUAGAUCAGAAUCAACCGUCAACUUCAAGGGGAAUAACCGAUUUCGAUGAACAUUACGAAGACGAGUCCACAUUGCCCGGUAACAUUGAGGGAAGCACGACCAAUAUAAGUCUCUCGAAUCUAUUACCGAGUGAUACGGAAUUACGACGUACGCAGCGUCUUAAAUUGAAUGAGAUGCUGGACGGCUUGUAUGCACGGCUGAUGUCACGUUGUCAAAAUUGUGAUUCUCGCGUCGCCAAUGUCGCGUCGCGAACGAAAAACGACGAUCAUACAUAUGCCAAUUUAACAUCCGAGGGCGAUGUGCAAUUACCCAGUAUGUCCAGCGUUGUAUCGAAUAUCGGAGCUAAUUCGAAUUUACCGGCCGUUACCGCAAUUACGACAACAACAGAACCAUUACCAAGCAUUUCAAGUUUCGUUAGUAAUAUCGAUCGCGCAAGUUCUAGUAGAUCGACUCAAGUAUCGGACACGAAUGCUAAUUACACUGCGAUGGGCGACGUAACCGUUAAUAAUAAUAAUAAUAAUAAUAAUAAUAAUAAUAAUAAUAAUAAUAAUAAUAAUAGUAAUAAUAAUAAUAAUAAUAAUAAUAAUAAUAAUAAUAAUAAUAAUAAUAAUGGCAACGAUAUCACCGCCAAUUCCCUUUCGCAAGAUUCAGCGAACCAAAAUGAAGCGAACUCGGCUUUUGCAUCGUCGCUUGAACCAUCAGCUAAUAAUUGUAAUAGACAACGUGGUAAACAGACAAUUUUCAGACGUAUAAAGUUGCAUCGCGCGAGACAGAAUCUUAGAACUCAGUCCAAUAAUCUGUUUCGUCAUUGUAAGCAUGUCAGAAGACCGUGGAAUUUACGCAGAAAUACAUUCCAGCCUAAUAACAGCAAUAACAACGAUUGUUUAGAUGUGGAUGUAGAUAGAACGCGAAGUUCGAACACGUCCGAGUAUUUACAAAAGAUGAUUCUACGACUAGAAACGUUGGUCCGACAGCAGAGAGCCUUAGCUCGGAAUAGCAAUACUGAUAGAGGAUCGGAUGGUGAUAAUCGUCGAUCAGAAGCUAGUAGGGACAACGACAAUCGAGAAAUGGAAGAGAUUCGUGAAGCUACAAGAUUGAGAGCUAGACAAGUUCUUGGCUUAAUGGUGAGAUCUCUGAUUCAAUUCUUUGAAGUAACAAGAUCAGGAAAUGGCUCUCAAAGCAAUGUUCUCUAUGAACAAAUGUAUAAACUGUAUGUGUUGUUACAUUUGGCGCUGGAACUAACCGACUUAUUACUAGCACAGUUAGUGAUAACAAGACGCGAACUGGAAUCUAGUCAAUAUAGAUCUUUUACUGCCGAUUUAUCGGUCGACAACCAGAAUGAAGAAACGCGUAAUAACAGCGUCGAUAGUAGUCUACAAACGGAGAAUGAUCGCAACAAUGAUAUGCUGAGGCUGUAUAGAGAGUGCGUCUCGAAUUUCCGAUUUAAUUUGCCUUAUACAUCUAGCGUGGACUCCGUGGAGGAUCUUUUUUCGAUAAACAGAAAUAGACGUGACCUUACGCAAGAAGUGAGGCAACAAUUGAUACAAGCCGCAGAUGCAUUUCGCCAGAGUAGACAAAACAUUAAUAAUAAUUCGUCCGAGAACCAAAGUGAUCGGGUAGUAACUGCAUCUAGCAGCGACAAUGGCGAUGAUAUCAAUUACGAUGAUAACGCUCAAAGUGAAGAUAAUCGGCAUUCGACUUCCGAACAUGCCUUGUCAGCGGAGGUACAGAGUAUCGUGGAAAGAAUCCAGAGUAGUAGCUCAAUCGACAAUGAUGAAGUCAGAACAGGAAAUGAAAAUCGAAUGAUCGAUGCUGCGCAUCAUUCGCGCGAAUCGCGAAAUUUGAACGACAGCUAUCUAACUCGGAAUUACAGAAAUGCUACAGUGUCUGAACCAGCAAUGAGAAGACGCGCUGAUGAAUCGAGAAAUUCUCAAGAAAGGAAUACCGGUCUUACCAACGUAAAUUGGAGAAGUUAUGUUUAUUCAUCGGGAGACGAACAAAGCAUCAGAUCGCCGCAACAGAGACGUCGAACUCGACUCGUAGAUACGAACACGGGUGUACUUCGACGAGAAUUCAACGUGCCCGAACUUCAAGUAAACAGCGUACCCGUGAAUGAUUUCGACAAUUUAUCCAGUAAUCCUCGAAGAAGGCACAACACACCGCCGAUUCUACAGUCGCAUAUGCUUCCUCCAUAUCUAAUCAAUAAUUUUCUCUAUAACAAUAACGACAACAGAAACAACGAUCGGACAAACGAAUCGACAGUACAAUCUGGACCAGGUUGGGCUGGAUUAUCGAACAAUAGCAGAAAUAGGGUAUUAGCGUUUUGGCGCAAUCGAUUUGGACCUGUUUUUAUACCUCGUUAUUCCGAACUCACUGCUAAUGGAGGUUCACGAAUUGGAGAAGGUGCUAGUGGCAAUCCGGGGGGUGGCGGUGGUGGUGGCGACGAUGGAACUGGUGGUGGAGGAACAGGGGGAAGAGAAGGAGAGGGAGGACAAGAUCCUGGAAACGAUAAUGAAUAUUUGGAUAUUGAACAUAUACCAGUGGGUAUGCCGUUCAAUUCAGCGUUGGAAGUGCAGAGUUAUCGAGUACAAGCCUGGGAUUUUUCUAAUGGUGAUAUACCUGAUAUUACAGACCCUGACAAAAAUGUCGUGGUGCGCGAGUGUAGAAUUCAUAAUGAUGCCUGUAUCGAUAUAUCUGCAGAUGGAAAAUUACUAGCGACUCUUUUGCCAUCUGGUCGUAUAAAUGUGACUACCAUGUUAGGUAUUUACAGCCUGCAAUGGGAAACAUUGGGAGAAAGGAUUUAUUCGACGAAAAUUGAUCAAACGGUAGUAUCUGUCUCAAUGUCACCAACGCAACAACAUCUUUUAGUAGGAUUGGCACGCAGGGUUCAUAUCCCUGCCAGGCCGUUUCCGAUGGCUCUAAUCUAUAAAUUAAAGGAGAAACAACAUGACGACGAGAAAAAUGUUCCAUCGACGGAUUCGACUGUCGAAUCUACAUACGAUUCAUCUGAAGAAAUUCUCGAUGAUAAUAUUUCUACAAAUAAUACUUCCCGACGAAACAACAAUAAUGUUACAGCCAGCGGUUACAGAUCGCACGUUCAAGAUUGGCGAAUACGGAUGAGAACCGAACUGGACAUUAAACGUAACAAAGAAAGUAUGGUGCUUAUUCGGGAAUUGUUGCAAAGCAGCCGAGAAACCUCGGGCUACAUAAGUCUAAACUGCAUUAGAUGGGCACCGCAGCCCGGUCAAGGGAUGAUCUAUGCUACAAGUAGCGGACAGCUAAAUAUUUUACAAUGAUUCCAUGUGCGCUCAUAGUAGACGGAGACGAAAGUAAACGUUCUCUUCAUAUUAUAACGAUGCUUACCAUAAAUGUGUCAUACACGUAAGACAUAAUGCAGUAUCGCAAUUCACAUUAAACUUCUUUUCAGUAGAUUGUAAGGAAAAAUAUAGUUAUAAUGCGUGACGAGCGAUAAUAACGACGUUUUUAAUCAUCAAUUGAUUAUCAAAUCUGAUGGAUUGCACGAUGAUAAAUAUCAGACUACAAUGAUCUUUGAUAUUUAUAUUUAAUUCUUUGUCACAGAUUGCUUUUUUUAUAUCCAAAGCAAGUAUAUAAAAAAUGCAAGAUGUAGAUAUAAUAAUAUAUAUUUGAUUAAUGUAUUAUUGUAUAGUUUAUGUGCAGUUUUUUUAUUCAUACAUAAUUUAAAAAGACAUUGCAUUAUUUCUGUUAGAUAUUAAACCUGUAAUACAAGUUAUCUUUCUUUCUAUGAAAGCUUCUAUUGGAUCAUAUAGUAUGAAAAUAGAAUUGAUAUGAAUUAUGGAUUACAUUGUAUACAAUAUCAAGAUAUAUAUUUACUGAUCGACGAAUGCGCCCUAAUGUCGUCAAAUAAAUCAUUCGAAAUGCAUUUUGCUGCUUUUAUUGUUUUUAACCAUAAAAAAUAGAGAAAUUUAUCAUAUAUAAAUCUUUUUGCGAUACUUUUAUUCCGAUGAAUUUUUGUAAAACAUUAAUUAAUAUUAAUUUGUGAAAAUCAUAAAUUAAUAUCAACUUCAGUAACUAAAGACAUAUACUUUACAAACUUAUUUUUGAAAUAAAAGGUAAAAUGUUUGUCCACUUUAUUUCUGUACUAAGAUGAAAUGUUUAUUAAAAUUUCGUAUAUAUUCAUUUCAUACAUACAUGUUAAAAAUUUUGACAUAGAAUGCAAAUGUACAUAUAUAUGCUAACUAAGUAAAUGACUUCAGGCACAAUUUUAUUUUUCUGGGAAAUUGAGUUUUUUUUUAGAAAUUUGGCGAUUUAGAGAGAGAAAGAGAGAGACGAGAAUAGUUCUAUUUGUAUACAAUCAUCCGGUUUCAAUAUACAAUCAUUGUAUACAUAGAAUUGAAUAAUUUAUAAUUGUAUUUCUGUGUGUAUAAUUGUUAUCAAUAAUAAUUUUUUUCCAAAAAGCUCACGUUUUAUGUAUUUUACUGCUAUACGUAUACGCAUACAUACGCUUCUUUUGCGCUUCCACAAACGCGUUAUCUUUCUGAUAAAAAAAUACAAUAUAAAAAAAGAUAUUAGAAUAAGAAACAUGAAUAAUUUAUGUCUUAUACAUAUCCAAGAGACAGAUGUACACUUUUUAUGCGACAAUUGUGAGAAUGCUAUAGCAAAAGUGAGAAUCCUUAAGCAAAAGCAUAAUUUUUGUAUCCAAAAAAAUGUAAGACAUUCUUGCUCAUUUUUAAUUGACAGCGAAAAAUGCAACAGAAUAUAAAUUUUAAUAGCCUUACAAUAUUUGUCCCUUGUGUGAUUGGACAAUAAAAUAAUUUACAAAGUGGAAAUAAACAGCACAUUUUAUGCACAUAUAUAUAUAUAUAUAUAUAUAUAUAUAUAUAUAUAUAUACAAAACAAUAUUUAAUAUGUAUAUCGGUAUAGCUCUUUAUCACAAAUUCAUGUUAUAAAAGCAUUGGUCAUAAUAUUUCAAUUAAAAUAAUACUUAUUACAUGGAUUUAAAGAAUUGUAGGACUCUAUACUGACGAUAGGAUGGAAGACUUAAAGGCGAUUCUUUAAAGUAUUACCUUCAAGCAUAAAUAUGUUUUGCUAUAAUAUACUUUAAGUAAUUAAUAACAAAGAGUGGUUCGGUUUAUAAUACACACGAUUUAUGUGAAUCUUAUACGAAUUCGGCAAUUUAUUUACAGGACGCAAUAAGACUCGAAGAUUGUCUUUAUUAAUGAAUCCCUAUUUAUAAAAAUAGUCAUGCACGUGAAAAUUUAUAUAGAGAUUUAGUUUUUUCGGAAAAUCAGCGUAAAGCGAAUAAAAAUCCCGCGGUGCAGUAUAUAUUUAAGUGUACGUGUGUGCAUUAAUCUAUACAAUAUAUUUUUAACAACAUUUUGGCAUCGCACAGUGUAUCAAGUGUAUUGCUCAGUGAUUACAAGCUGCAUAAAUAUUUCUUUGCAGCAUACAUAGCACAAUACAUAUGUAUGGAGCUAUCUUGUAUUUCAUAUAUAUAAUGCAGUAAAAAUAUAUUUUUAUAUAAAUCUGACAGCAAAAUAAAAGAUUGUAAUCUCUGGACAGAAAUUGCAGAUAUGUUAUACUACCGUUUACCAUCCGGUAUACUAUACAACAUGCUAUUAAAAGCUAAGAAUGUACGCUGUUGCUUCGUUUCCUCUCGAUCACGCACAUUAAUUGGACUUUACAGUCGCUCUACUACAGUCUCUCUCUAUUAAAUUUAACCAUUAUGAUACUCUCUGACUUUCGAGUAAUAAAAAAAUAAUAAUAAAUCGCAGUUGCUCUUUUUCGCAACAGCAUUCUGAAAAUCCAACGGAACUUCAGAGAUUAUAUUUAAUCCUAGACAUAACCAGUCGCGUACAAUAUAAGACUAUCUUAUAUUUAAAGUUCUAAUCGGUACAAAAUGUUAAAUUAUAUCAUAUUCAAAUCAAUUAGUGACAUAUGAUACACAAUUACAUUAAUGGUAUCUCACAGUUUGACCUUGGUCAUGUAGCGUAAGAUGUAUGAUACAAAAAUCGUAUUUUUUCUUUUUUUUUCUUUUUCUAGUGAGCGUGUAUUCCUGGACGAUCUUUAAAAUUUUUAAUUAAAUACUUCACGAAAUGAAUAUUUCAUACAUAGCUGUCAGGUUUAAAUCUUUUUUACAGCAAUGUUAUGGCCAUAGGAGUAUCAUCACUUUGCAACUUUUUAUUAUGCAUAUGAAAUAAUAUUAAUGAAGAUAAUUAUGCAAUACAUGUACGCUGUGUGUAUAUAUGUAUAUAUUCUUAUACAUAUAUAUACACACACAUAAAGAAUAUUAAAAAGAUGUGAUAUAUGUGUUAAAGAAAAAAAAAUAAGAAAAAGUAAAAAAAGAGGCUUGAUAUCAAGUUAAUUUCUUUUCCAAUUUUGAUAAGAAUAUAGAAUACUAUAUGAUUACAUAAAUCAAACUCAAUUAUUAAUUGACUGAAUAUAAUCUUAUGAAAAUAAAGAUGUAACCCUGAUAUCAUGGCUUAUCUCUAUCUCGCAUAUUAUCUAAAAUUGUAAAUUCUUGUAAAUGGAAGUAACGCCAUAUAAAAGCAAUGAUUCAGACUAAUUUAUCAUGCUUUUCAUUCCUAAUAAAUUGUAAAGGCUGAUUUACUAAUGUUUAUAUUAUAUACUUAUUAUUAUGUGUAAAUGGUGUUCUUCUCAUGUAUAUAUAUGUACUGUAUUAUCCAAAAUACACAAGUCGUCCAUGUAUCAAAUUUGAUUCCAAUUAAUCAAAUGUCGAAAACUCUUUUAUAUAAGUCAACUGUUAUAUAAUAUUGUUAUAUAUAAUAUUUAAGAAUAAAAAGGAAAAGAAUUCAAAAAUUAUUCUCUGAAUCAAAGUAAUGAAAACAGAUGAACGGCGUAUUUACAUUAUAUAGAGCUGUAGCAGAAAAAAAUAUAUAAGAAUGUUAUUAUGUUGUAAUAUAUAUAAAAAGAUAUAUAAUUUUUAUUUUUAAAUUUCAUGAUAAUUUCAUGCAAUAAUUUUUCGAUGUAGAGAACAGCGAGAUAGGAAGAAAGAUAAAAAAGAUACAUACUUAAAAAUAAUUUGAACAUACUAAGAUAAUAUGCAUUAUUUUGCUUUGGCUUGCAAAUUUCUAAUUAGCGUACUUGGAACGAAUAUCGAUGAUUUUAGAGUGAAGCUGUAUGUUUUCGCUUUUUAAAAUGUUAUUAGUCAGCCGUAAAUUUGAUUCUUAUUACUUCAGUCAAUAUAUAAAAUGCUUUGGAUAAUGAAUCGUUGACUAAUAUAUAUCACAAGUUAUUUUCUUUCCUAUAUAAGGAUAGUACAGAUAAUGCUACGACUAUAUAUAUAUAUAUAUA